UGUCUUAAUCGUUUUUGUUCUUUUUUCUCUGAAAGAGUCUCUGUUCUGAUUUGUCAGCGGAAAAAGAGAAAGAGAAGUGGGGCCCAUCUCCGCCAUAGCCAAAGACCUCUUUCUCUCCCACCUCAUACCUCUCUAGUCUCUACCCAUCAUUGCCCACGACGAAUCUCUCUCUCUCUCUCUCUAAAAAGAGAAACAAACAUUUCCUUACUGUUCUCUCUCUUUCAUCAUCUCUUUACCUUUUGCUUCUUCGAAAAAGAGAAAAGAGAGAAAAGAAAUUCUAAGAACAGAAAUUGAAAGCGUGAUUUUUCUUUAUGAGCAUGAAUCUGUAACUUACCAGAGAUAAUAAAGUUUGGUUUUUUUUUUUCUCGUAAAUAUAGUAAUCUAUCUAUUUUUAAGUGUGUGUGUGUGUGUUGUUUGGGAGUAAUGGGUAAUUGUUGGUGUAGAUUUGAGCCCUUAAAUCACAGAGUUUCUGCAAACGCUAAAUCAGAGUCACCAAAAGAACAGAGUCCAACAGUAGAAGAUAAACAUAUUAAGGAAGUUCAAAAGCUGCCAUCAAAUCCAAAAGAAGUUGAAGAUCUUAGACGUGACUCAGCAGCGAAUCCUCUGAUAGCUUUCACGUACGAAGAGCUUAAGAACAUUACAGGUAAUUUCAGACAAGACAGAGUACUCGGUGGUGGUGGAUUUGGAAGUGUUUACAAAGGUUUUAUAAAAGAGGAUUUGGGUGAUCAAGAUGUUCCUCAACCACUUCCUGUUGCCGUUAAAGUUCAUGACGGCGAUAAUAGCUUUCAGGGUCACAGAGAAUGGCUGGCAGAGGUGAUAUUCUUGGGGCAGCUUUCGCAUCCAAACUUAGUGAAAUUGAUCGGUUAUUGCUGUGAGGAUAAUCACCGGGUGCUAAUCUACGAGUACAUGGCUCGUGGUAGCGUGGAGAAUAAUCUUUUCUCAAGAGUGUUGCUUCCUCUUUCAUGGGCAAUUAGAAUGAAGAUUGCUUUCGGAGCUGCGAAAGGACUUGCCUUUCUUCAUGAAGCAAAGAAACCUGUCAUUUAUCGAGAUUUCAAAACCUCCAACAUUCUUCUUGAUAUGGAAUACAAUGCCAAAUUAUCUGACUUCGGACUUGCUAAAGACGGUCCUGUAGGAGAUAAAUCUCAUGUUUCCACUCGCAUAAUGGGAACUUAUGGCUAUGCAGCUCCUGAAUACAUCAUGACAGGUCAUUUGACACCGGGGAGUGAUGUGUAUAGUUUCGGUGUAGUUCUGUUAGAGCUUCUAACGGGAAGAAAAUCAUUAGACAAGUCACGGCCAACGCGUGAGCAAAACCUCAUAGAUUGGGCUCUUCCAUUGUUGAAGGAGAAGAAGAAAGUCUUGAACAUUGUAGACCCAAGAAUGAACUGUGAAUACCCGGUAAAAGCAGUUCAAAAGGCUGCAAUGUUAGCUUACCAUUGCCUAAACCGGAACCCGAAGGCUAGGCCUUUAAUGCGGGAUAUUGUGGAUUCUUUGGAGCCUCUUCAGGCCACAGAAGAAGAGGCUUUACUAGUCCCCACUGUUCAGAAAGCAGUAGUUACAAUAAUCGACGAAAUGCCUAAGAAUGGAUUGAAGAAAGUUGAAGAAUUGAAGAAGGUUGAAGAAUUGAAGAAGGUGGAUGAGGUGAAGAAGGUUAUUGAAGAUGAUGCUAAUUCACAUUGUAAUUGAUCACUUGGUUUUUUUUUUUUUUUUUUUUUUUAAUAUUCUUGAUAUACAAUUUGAAAAGUGAAAACUAGAUUGUGUUAUGUGUAUUUUGAUGAGAUACAGAUUAAGAGAGAGAUACAAAGGUUUGUGAAUUUAUUUUUUCUUCUAUUGAAAUACAAAAGCUUUGAACC